AUGGCAAGCUACGGGAGUUCGAUGAGUGCUACACAACCACUCAUUCCAGUCUUCAAAGGAGAAGGCUACGAAUACUGGAGUAUUCGGAUGCAGACUCUACUAAGGUCUCAAGAUCUAUGGGACUUCGUAGAGCAAGGAUAUGCAGAUCCCGACGAGGCGAACAGAUUGCGGGAGAACAAGAAGAAAGACUCGAAGGCGUUGGCGAUCAUCCAGCAAGCGGUGCACAACAAUGUCUUCUCCAGAAUUGCAACGACGACCACCUCGAAGCAAGCUUUGAAUGGAGAAUCUGUGGCUUAUUUUUUGUCGAGGGCAAUGGCAACAGUCAGUCAAAUGCGAUCUUGCGAAGAGAAGAUCGUAGACCAGACCAUCGUUGAGAAGGUGCUCAAAAGCUUGACUCCAAAGUUUGAUCAUGUUGUAGUAGUAAUUGAAAAAUCAAAGGACCUAUCGGUUUUUUCGUUUGAAGAACUGAUGGGAUUUCUUCAAGCUCAUGAGUCAAGGAUUAAUCGAUCGUUUGAAAAGUCUAACGAAAAAGCUUUUCAAGUGAAAGGUGAAUUCUCCAAUCAGAAGGAGUUCUCUACGGCAAGAGGACGAGGCAGAGGAGGUUUCCGAGGUCGCGGGCGUGGCCAAAGUCGAGGACGUGGCGGUCGAUCUGAUGCAAAGCAAGGCCGACAGCAAGGCGACAAGAGCCAUAUUCAGUGCCAUAAUUGCGGCAAAUAUGGGCACGUGAAAGCAGAUUGCUGGUGGAAGUAG